GGAUUUGAGGCCACGGGUGUGUAUAGCUACCUGUUUUUCCAGUCCAGAUUGAAAAUUUUAAAGUUUCAUGCCUUUGGAAUUUGCUUAUUGAAGUGGGCUUUGAUUCAAAAUCCACUAUUAAGAACGUUUUUCCUGUCAUCAAGAAUUUUUAAUUACUCUUAACCCUGGUUUCUGGGUUCAGAGAGGCAUGAACUUAUCGAGACUGAGAGAGCUGUAUCUGAACAAAAUAGAAGAAAGCAAGAUAUCAUCAUAAGGAAAACCAGGGGUGAAACCAACUACAUCACAUCCAGAAGAGAGAGGGCACAAAAAUGACCGACAAUCGAUAUAGAAAUCCUCAAGACGAAUGUCACAUGGAAGAGAAUCUGGAAAAGGACCCAGCAAUGACUCUUCAGGCUCAGGAGGAUAUAAUGGUAUCAAGUGCCACUGAAGAAACCCAGAGUGAAUGUUCUGUUUCUGGACUUAAGGAUGUCCCCAGGGAUGUAGAAACAAUAGGGUCUCAAAGCCUGGAUGCAGAAAAUAAAUCUGUAAGUGCUGGUGAAACAGAUAAAGGGAGCUCUCCAGAGAUAGAACCAGAGCAGAAAGAAAGCCAGGAUGAUCCCAGUGAUAAACAGGGGUAUCCUCACAAUUCAGAAGGAUUGUGUGAAAGACCGUUGGAGCAAAACACUAACAGUUCUUUAAAUGAAAAAGAAAGUCCAACCCUUCCCCAGGAGAACAGCUCUGCAGUUCUCAGAGAAGAUAAUGAGAAAUCCAGUACUUCACAGGAUCUUAAUACUGAUCAAAAGGUUCCAGAUGCUGUGGAAACCCAGAGCUCAGUUCCUGCCAAAGAAACGCUAGAGAAAGAGAGUAUGGUGAGGAAACGACUUAGAGCACAAGAGCAAGAGCCAGUGGAAGCACACAUACCAGAAGCAAGUGGAGAGAAGACCCAGGAUGUGGGAAAAAACCCUGAAAAGAAUUUUUGGAGCAAAUUAGCUGUUUAUUUCACAUUUAUACAAAGUAACUUAAAAUAUACAUUUGCAGGUCUUUUGAUUGUAUUUGCUGUGGCAGCCAUCAUUUCCAAGUGUGGCAACGUCUCAUCCCAGGCUCAGCAUGUGCCAAAAAACCCUGCUUUGGAAGCCUUCUUGGGUCAGUUCAGCCAACUGAAGGACAAAUUUCCAGGCCAGAGCUCUUACCUCUGGCAACGGGGACGCAAGUUCCUCCAGAAACACCUAAAUGCUUCUAGCCCCACAGAGCCAGCCACCAUCAUCUUUACAGCUGCUCAGGAGGGGAGAGAAACCUUGAAGUGCCUGAGCCACCACAUUGCUGAUGCCUACACGUUCUCCCAGAAUGUCUCUGCCAUUAGGAUUGAUGGCGCUCAGCGGACCUCUGAGGACAGUGACACCGUCAAGCUGUUGGUGGACAUUGAGCUAAGCACUGGGUUUGAGUUUGGACGAAAAGCAGCUGUGGUCCAUCGCUUUGAGUCCCUUCCUGCAGGCUCCACUUUGAUCUUCUACAAGUACUGUGACCAUGAGAAUGCAGCCUUCAAGGAUGUUGCCCUGGUGCUGACAGUUCUUCUAGAAGAGGAGAAGCUAGAUACAAGUGUGGGUCCAAGAGAAACUGAGGAAAAAGUGAGGGAUUUACUUUGGGCUAGGUUUACUAAUUCGGACACCCCCAGCUCCUUCAAUCAUAUGGAUUCAGACAAACUGAGCGGCCUGUGGAGUCGUAUCUCCCACCUGGUGCUGCCAGUGCAACCGGUCAAGAAGAUAGAAGAAAAAGGUUGUCUUCUCUAAAGCAAAGCAAAGAAUUCUGUAUGAGUGUACACUAAGGACAACAUCAAUGUGAUUGGUCUUGGAAAACUUUGGAGAGAACCGCUCUGAAAAGUAGCAGAUUAGCUUUCAGACAAAUUUUGCACUUUUGUAUCUUUUUUUUGUGAAAAUUUCCUAAAUGAAAACUGAUGAAACCAAUAAGAUCUGAAAUGCAGCCCAAUAGUUUUUUCCAAUUCAGGGUUCUUUUUAAAUAUGAAAAGAUAACAUCGCAGGUCACUGUAUUAGGAGAAUAUUCUUAGUUUCAAGAGUUAACUAUAGGAUCUUCAUUAUUGUCUCAAGUGAGAACAUAAAAAGGUAUCGUCUCACCAGAGAGUUAGUGUUCUCUAGCCAAACAGACUUCAAAGUCUUAUUAAAGUAGAUGGCAUCAGGUAGAUUUGCUAUGGUUUACAUGACCAAUGUCUUUUGAAGGUAAGACAGACCAAGGACCAGCUUUCCAGAUAGUUGAGUUGUUACAACCACAACUCCAGCUUAGCACUAUCUGGUGAGCUGGUUGUGAUGUAUGUGACCUCAUCAUGGGCCUAGUGUGUGUGUCCUUUUUUGGGCCAUCUCAUUUCUGUGUGUUUAUAGAGACAUCAAAGAAAGCAUAGGGAAUAGUAGUUGAAUGCAUCAAAGGGAUGGAAAGAUCUGGAAUUUGUCAAGAAAAGAAGAUCCUGGGGUAAACUGAGGUGCAUUAUUGAUACUUAAAAAUAGAACAUAAGGAUUUAGGAAAGUGUUUUUUGAAAUAAGUAUAACAGAAACAUACAUAGACUUUUUAAUCAUUUUUGUGUGAUUAGGUUCAGUUUGGCAGGAGGGAGUCAAGCUUUAGUAGUUUGUAAUUUUUUGACUUAACAAAGGAAUCACAAUAGUUGAGGCAAGGUAUGAACAGAAGCUGAAAGCAUUAGUGGCAAUUAAUAUCCUCAUAGAUGUAAUGUCAAAGCAUAAAGAAAAAGAGGCAGAAAAAAGUGAUUUAGUAUGUUUUGGAUCUCCCGGUAUUUAUAUAUCAUGGAUGGCUUCAAUAUAAGUAAAACCACUGGUGCCUUAAACAGCUAUUACAUUGGUCCACAGAAAUGAGCUACCUCAAGUCUUAUCUAAGGGGAGAACCAGGCUGGAGCAUGAGUUUCUUUAGGUAGGCACUUGAAACUGGGAUUAAUUCUUUUUUUUAAAUUCAAUUCAAUAUUUUUUCAUCACCUACACUUCAAGAUUUGACCUAGAAAUGCAAAUAUUCUUGGUGAUUUAUUAAUUCUUUUUCCUAAAACACACAAUAUGAAGAUCAAAGUUAAUUCUCUCAAGACAUUUGUCAAGUUUAUGUAUUCAACUUCAAAGACCAUUUUAAUAAGAGCAGAGAGAACUUGCACCUUCUUAUAUGAGUAAUAUAUUUUUAAAGCUCAAAACCAUAUUUUUAAAAACAAAAACUGACCAAAGCCUAUAAUCUAUUAUAAUCUCUUAAAUUAUUCUCAAUAGAUUCUUUUAAAUACUGUUCAGAUUUUUAAAUGACCUAUUCAUGCUACUUCAUGUUUCAUUACUUAAAAUAUGUUAUUUGCUUGAUUUAUAGAAUUGUUUCUUGGACAUAUGACAUGGUACGUAUGAUAUAUGACCUGUAGCUUUAAAAUUUUUCAUAUAUAUAUCUGAAAUAUUUCCAGAUAACAAUGAUUUUUAAAAAAAACAUAUCCAUAAACCAAGACUUUAAUAUUAGGUUUGCAAAAGAAAAGAGAAGUCAUAAAUCUUGUCUGUUGACUAAAGUCUUCCUUUAUCCUGAACUUCAAUUGUAUAUCUAGUGACUGUUAGUAUACUUGCAAAAAAAAAAAAAAGAAGCUACUAGUAUCAGAUUCAUCCAGGAGAAGUUUCUAGUGUCCUUGAGCUAGCAUCACUCGGAGGACUUUGCAAAUGUGUCUUUUCUCUGGUUUAUGCUAAGUUCUAGAUCUCAGGUUGUAACAUAGCUGACGAUGAGAUCUCAAAUUCCCUAAGCCUUGACUGAAGAUGACUUCAUCAAACUCAUUUCCACUUAUACUGCCCUUUCCUCUGACUCUGUAUAAUGGUUUUCCUCAAACCUUUUCAUUUUUUUCAAAAUAAAGAACAUAAUGUACUAAAUCAAGCCCUAUGAGAGCUAAACCAUUGUGUCCUAAAAUCCCUUUGCAUUCGAAGGAUAAUUUGCAGAUAAUUAAUAAUUAUAGCAAAGAACUACAUAACAUUCAUUUCUUCCUUUCCCAAAUUGACCCCUUUCUUUCCAAAUUUUCCUAGUGUGUUUUUCCAGUGUGUAUUUAUUUUCUAGAAGAACCCAUAGAUUGGUUACUGUAAUCCUAGAACAUGCUUAUACUCUUUCCCUUAUAGAAAGAGCCAAUCUACAAAGAUUAUUUUUUUUAUUAAAAAGAGGACUGAAGUGCUCUGAAACAAUAGGUUAAGAAGCACUGCCAUUGAGAAAAGACAGGAUGUUUACCCUCAAACCAAGUACAUUCAGUUGAUGUAAACUAAGAGUGGUGUCUGCAUUAGUAUCAAAAUUCCUGAUAUCCCUGUGGAUCCUUUCACAAUUUCACCAUUAUAUGAGUGGCUGUUUUUGCAUUUGUCUCUCUUGGAUGACAAAAAAUGUGCCUUGUUCAAUAUAGUUUGUCAUAACCAAAAAUAAAUCCCAGUAAUUCUAA